AUGGAAAGAACUCGAAUAAGGGUGGGUUUUGAUGGUUGUUUUGUUGUACCGAGUGAAGGGAGGAGUGGAGGUUUGGUUCUCAUGUGGAAGAAUGAGAUUAGCUUGAGUAUCAAGAGCUACUCAUUCUUUCAUAUUGAUGCAAAGCUAGAGGACCCGAGUAAAGGAAUUCAGUGGAAGUUUACAGGAUUAUAUGGACAUCCAAAAACUGAAAGAAGAGGAGACUCUUGGGAUUUAAUUCGACGUUCAAGGGAACCUCAAGAUAUCCCAUGGUUGGUCUGUGGCGAUUUCAAUGAGGUGCAGAGCAACUAUGAAAAGUUGGGUGGAAGACUAAGGCAAGAAAGGUUGAUGCAUGCCUUUAGAGAUGCUCUUGAUGACUGUCAUCUGCUAGACUUGGGGCUUCAAGUUGUUGGAGGCAAUAAUUUAAUGGCCAUGUCUCAAAAGGUCAAGGUUUGUAGCAGAGGUCUAGAAGUCUCAAAGUUGGAAUUUGGAUGUAUGGGCCUGACUGGAGCCUACAAUUCUAAUCUCUGUGAUGAGGAUGGAAUCUCAAUAAUAAAGUAUGCUUUCAGUAAGGGAAUCACUUUCUAUGAUACAGCUGACGCUUAUGGGCGGCCUCAUACUAAUGAGAUUCUGACUGGGAAGGCCUUGAAACAACUGCCAAGAGAGAAAAUCCAAAUAGCCACCAAAUUUGGCAUCGAAAAAGCAGUCAUUUCUCAUAUGAUAGUGAAUGGAAGUCCAGAUUAUGUUCGCUCAUGCUGUGAGGCGAGCUUGAAGCGCCUUGAUGUGGCCUAUAUUGAUCUGUAUUAUCAGCAUCGCGUAGACAUAAAUGUACUUAUUGAAGAAACUGUUAGUGUUUCAGCUAGAUAUAUUGGUCUAUCUGAAGCCAGCCCUGACAAAAUAAGGAGGGCAUAUGCUAUACAUCCAAUCACAGCUCUACAAAUGGAGUGGUCUCGCUGGACACGUGAUAUUGAGGAAGAGAUAAUCCCACUUUGUAGGGAACUUGGAAUUGGAAUAGUUCCAUACAGUCCUCUUGGUCGUGGCUUUUUUGCUGGCAAAGGAGUUGUGGAAAGUUUGGCCACAGAUAGCAGCUUGGUGAAACUUAUAGGAGAAGCUCUCAAAGAGAUAUCUAAUGUUGUACCCAUCGAAGUGGUAGCCGGUAGUAGAAGCUAUACAAACUUGGAUCAUUUAGAAUGGAAGUUUGCCAACACUCCCCCAAAGAAAUGA